UUGCAGUUCUCAAUCGCUUUGAAGCACUUCGCAAAUCUUCUCUCAACAAACCAAAAGUGCUUUGAAUACGCGGAAUACUUGGUUUCGAACGAGUACACAACAGCAAAAAUGGAGGAAGUCUGUAAAGAACUGGUGGCACGUGCCAUGGAUGUAGGUACGAUUCCCAAGGACUGUCUAACAAACAUCCGUCGGUACAUUGAAAGAGUCGCCCCACUUAUCAUGGACCAGGACAGCACUGCAGAGUUUCUACGUGUCGUAUUGCGUAUAAAAGGUGAUGCUGAUUGUGGAAAUAUGGAGGCUAACUCCAGGCUCCCAAGCGUUCUACGAUUGUUGAAGAUUUGGGGAGAAGCAUUUCCGCACAUUUUUUCUAGGAGUGAUUCAAUAUACAAACUCUUGAACAUAAUCGGCUCUGAUUAUUCAAAAGCAGUGGAGGUCGGGCUUCAAGUUCUAUACCAUGUCACUUUGCAGUCCAGUUUGAAGAUAAAAGAGCAAGAAUGGUGUGAUGCUGCUGUAUCUCAAGUUUGGGAUGUACUUAUUAGUGAGAGUGACGGAUUCGGCCGGUGCUGCAAGUUAGCUGUUCGCGUAUUAUGUCGGCUCCUUGGUAGAGAGGAGUGCACUGCUCGUUUCAACAACGUCUUUACGGAAAUCGAGGAGCGUGUGUCCAUGGAUAAUCCAAGCGCAUGCAUUAACGCGCUACAAGUGAUCUCCGAAUUCCACCGAAAUUUGCCCAAGGAAUUUGGUACUCGCGUGAAAACUCUUAUAGCUGAGUUCGUCGUUCCAGGGCUCAUUCUGAGUCCCAUUUCUGAGGAAGUAGAAGAUUGUGCAACGACUGAUCCGGCGGUCCCGUUGGAGGAUCAACCUGUUUCAAGGUUUUGUCUCCCAAAGGUUUAUGGUAUGAAAUUGUUGGCUCGCUAUCUGUUCACGUGUAGUGGUGAAGUUGAAGACGACCCAUUGGCUUUGAAAACAUUUAAAAUGUUCGUCGCGUUCAUUCAAGCUGCUGGUGAUUUGCAUGAUCCGGAUAAGAAUAUCUCAAAAACUGAGAAAGCCUGGCUACGCGCUGUUGCUGGAACUUCACUACUGAAGCUUUGCUACAUUCAGAAAUACUCACAGAUGAUAGAUGUUGAGAUGUUCAGCACUCUUGCCAAUCUGAUGAUUGACAACGCCGACUGUGUUCGCUCUUAUUUUGUGAAGCGCCUGAACAAAGGAAUUCUGAGGAACAGGCUCACAGUUGAAUACUUGGCUUUUUUCUCAUUGGUUGAUUUGCUGAAUCCGACCAACGACGAGGAAGAAUCAGCCAUCAGAUCGUAUCGCGAUCAGUGUCGUACCUUUCUCGUUUCGGCAGUAAAUCGACGUCGACGUCUCAUUCAAUCUUCAGGAUUUUCCCCAAGU